ACAUAGACCUCCACAUCCAUCGCACUUCUUCUCACGCCCUUCCCUCUCCCUCUCCCUCCUCGUUCUGCACUUUCCUGUCCAACCGAUCGCUUCAGGAUUGCGCUUCGAAAUCCCACACAAGACCCACUCAACGUCCCCAGGUGGGCAAUCCUUGAGUUGUCGGUUUGAGUGGACUGGAACUUUCGCGUUUGGAAUUAAACAUAGAUUUCUCAUGUACUUUUCCCUUGGAUCUUCCUGACUGUUGUAGAAUUGACAGAGAACUGGUCGUUUCCACCCCUUAUACUGUUAUGAAAAAACAGAAAAAGAUACAGAAAAAGUGUACAUGACGUUUCAAGUUAAGAAAUCGUUCACUUGAAGGGAACGUCGAUUUUUCUCCACCGUCUGCCUCUAUAUAACUCCCAUCAGCAUCUGUGCGAGAAGACACACGACAUAGCUUCUUCUAUAUAGAAAUAGGGAGAGUGAACAGAGAAUAGAAGGCAGAACCCAGAAGUUGUCGCCACAGUGCGAGAGUAGACAACUGAUACAAGAUGAAGAAAGUUCGCGACAGACUGUAUAUAGGAAACAUUAAGGAUGCCGCCGAAGUUUUGACAUCAGCUCAUCCUCCUGUGACGCACAUGUUAUCUCUGAUUACGCCCAACAUGGACCCGCUGGAGUUCAAGAAGCCCACCUCAGACGAAGACAGCCCUAGAAUUCUCAAUGUCGCAAACGUCGAACUUGACAAGCUCGUGAAGAAAAUUGUUCCCAUCCGUGACAUCGAAUCACAGAACUUGUUGGAUCACCUCGAGGGUUGCCUCGACUUUAUUGAGCAGGGCAGGGAUAAUGGCAGUAUUCUGGUUCAUUGCGUUGCAGGAGUCUCUCGUAGUGCGGCUGUCAUCACUGCAUACCUGAUGCGAUUGGAUAGACUUUCAUUGGAUGAAGCACUAGCAUCCUUGCAGCAAGUGAGCAGUAAAGUCUACCCAAAUUGUGGGUUUAUGCAACAGCUACAACUCUUCGAAGAAAUGGGCUACGUUGUCGAUAGGAAAAAUCUGUCUUUCAAGAGGUUUCACCUUGAAAAUCUUGGAGAAGCUUUUUGGAGGGGGGAGAAAAUCGAAAAUCCUCGUUAUGCUGCCGAUCCUGGGGUCAGUGCAAAUGAGUUUGAGGAAGAUGUUGGGGUUUCUUCCUCACAGGUCAGUGCGCUAUACUCUUGCAAAAAGUGCAAGCGAGUGGUGGCGUGUCAAGAGAAUGUGAUCUCUCAUGGACCCGCUUCUGGUGAGAGCCCUUCAAGGUGGAGACGGCGAGGUGCCCGACGUUGGGGUGGAGACCAUGAUGACCCAGCUUGUACAUCCAUUUUUGUUGAGCCCAUGCAGUGGAUGAAUCUAGGUCAAGAUGGAGAUGGAGUAUACGAAGGGAAACUUCAAUGUUUGAAUUGUGAGUCACGGUUGGGAAACUUCAACUGGGCAGGUAUUCCUUGCAGCUGCGGCAAACAUGUCAAGCCAGCUUUUCAACUGCACAAGUGCAACAUAGAUUCGUCCCUUACGGCGGUCGAGGCGGACGCAUCUGAUUCCGAACCAAUGCGAUACUCAUAUUCCUCUGAUUCCAGUAGUUUUACUGCAACUCGACACUGUGGCCACCUGUUGGUUUAAGAAGGAAUGGUAUAAGGUUUUCGUCAAGUGGGAUCAAGGACCAAGAAGGGAUCUAGAGGUUCAUUAAUCAUAUUGGCGGCGUGAAAUUUAAAAAAAAAAAAAGAAAAAAGAAAGAAAAGAGAACUGAAACCUUUGCACCUGGUUCACGAGAGAAAACAACUGUAUUUUUUUUUUACUCCUAGCCACUGAAUGUCAAGGAGUCCUGACUCAGACGGCUUGGAAGUAUGUGCGUGAGAGUCGUGAGUGUGAAUUAUUGUUUUGGCCAACAUCGUCAAUUUGCACAAAAAAAUGUAUUUGGUGUAAAGGUAACCUUGCAGAUUCCCCGGGGCUAAUAGCUGUUGUACAAAAUGAUUCUCAAGUUUUGAUAAUAUAUUUCCAAGCUUGCCAAUAAGUGUACAAGCUUGUGUUUUUUAUUUGGAGAA